UUCCCAGACUAACUAAACUACCCAUCAGCCGUUCUGUGUGCACUCAGGAGACAUGGGGCAGCGGAGUCACCGAGGAGGGGACUCAGUUCCAAACCGUGUAACUAAAGAAAUUGACAGGAGCGUCCAUAUUAUCAUCCUGUGAACUUUUAGUUACAUUUUUUUUACACCGAGAAGGGACCGGAAGAGAAAGACGUUCAAUGACAUCGGUGUGUUUUUGAUACCUGGGGGCAACGUGUGCCACACCUUCAUUUAACACGACAGCUCCACCAACACCGCCGGCCAAAUGGGGUGCCAAUGCUGCCGGAUGAUAAAGAGCUACAUCUACGACCCCUCUGUGGCGGUGGAGGAGCGGAAGGCCGACUCAUCAGGCAACUCCCUCUACCAGUCCCACCACCAAACAGCAGGGGGCCUCAACAAGCAGAAGCAGGGCUUCCACAACCUGGGCUACAGCAGAUCCAACGACAGCACGCUAAAACUGGAGUUUGACAACAACCAAGUCAACCACAGGCUGCACGCCGCCGGGAGCGCUGCCCCUGUGGAGGCGGGGCCGUACAUCAUUCAGCCCGAGGUGCGAUGGGAAGACAGAGGGACGAGCCAGGUGCCAAUUUACCCCAGCAUCCAGGAGUAUGAGCGGCAGAGGUGCUGCACCGAGACGCAAAGGAAUGGGUGGGACUCCUCCAUUAGCCCGCCGGGGAAGACGGGAGGCAGGAGCUCCUCGGUCGACGAGAUAGACGAGGGCGUGGGGGGGACUCCGGAGUACACGGGCGACACAGGAGACGAAGGGAGCGUCUUGUCCGUGGACAUCCACACCAGCACCACCAGUUUGUCCUCAGCCGGCACACGAGACGGCCUCACUCCGCCAAAGACUUCAGACGUUUCCACCGAGGAGAGCGGGAUUUCAGUGACGAAAAGCGAGGAUGAGGAGGAGGUCAAAGACGAGCUGGAGGAGGUGCAGAGCGUCACAGACUCCAUGGUGGCAGAAGCCCUCGCUGCGUUGGAAGCAGCCACAGCUGGAGAGGACUCUGAGUAGCAGAAAAACCAGAACCAGACUCAAAGAGACUCAGGGAAACCAGAGAAUAUGAAGAAAUGCUUUUUAGACAGAUUUAUUUUGGAACUAUUUUUAUAAAUGUGAAGGAACAUCAUGUCUGCUUUCUUAUGAAGGGCUCUUCAAUUCCAAAGGCUUGAAUAAUGACUGAGGAGACACCAGUGUGAACUGAAUACCCCCUGUGGCUGUUUCACACUGUGUACUUAACACUCCACAGUCCGGAAAACCACCAAUGUGCUCACACUCGCCACAGAGGGGUUUAUUCAAAAGGUUGGGGGUAAGACCUGCAGAUGAUAUGUUACCUAAAAAGUGCAGACGAUUGAUAGGAAAGACGAAGAGACACUUCUCAACAUUUCCUUCUUUCUGAUUUUAAAAUAAAGCUAAAUAGAAUCAGCCAACAAACAUUUUUGUGGAAAAAACUGCUUUGUUAGUAGUUUCUUUGCAACAUUGAUUUUAGUUUAGGUUUUCAUAUGCGACCUUCAUAACUGACCUUUUACCGCCAGAGCUUCACAAAGGUUAGCUCUCACUAAAUGGUGUGGAGAGCUUCGUUUCUCAUCUUAUUUCUCCUCCUGUAGGUCAAGCCUUGUGUUUCCCGUCCGGUCAGUGACAUUAGUUCAGUGCCUAGUAAUGAACUAAUUGAGGCCAGAAACAAAUAAUUAUGAGAACGAGUGAAAUAAAUGAUCUGUUAAAUUAAUGAAGUUCAGCCUUAGUUUCAGAGCCAGCGCCCUUUCCCGGGGGUUUGCUCGCCAAAUCUUUUCCGCUCGUUGUAUUUGUGUUGAGAACGUUAAUACAAGUGCAAUAAAGUUGUGUUCAAUCA